GCCAACGGUUUCACCCCCAACAAUGCCCUCUGCGUCACUUUGUCUCCCGCGUCCACGUACAGACCCCAGGAUGACCUGGCUUUGCCUGUCCUGCAUGCUCUGGGGCGACGGUCCACAUUCCUGUUUAUCUCCUUGUGAUAAAUACUGAUCAUUCCAUUUUUCCCUUUCACAGCCUGAAGACCUGGAGGGACAGAACUGUCACACAUUCAAGAUAAAGAACUUUAAGAAGGUGAAGUCAUGUAGCGUGUGCAAGCAGGCGAUCACCAGGGAGGGGAGUGCGUGCCGAGUUUGUCGUCUGUCAUGUCACCGCAAAUGUGAAGCCAAGAUUGUGUCCCCCUGCACGCCGCGCGUCAACUACGAACUGCCAUCCAACGCAGAAAGCCCACAGAAGCAUGUAGACACCACGGGUUCCACUAAGUCCUCCAGGAGUACGCAAUCCCGCCGCAGGCCGUCAAGGAGUUUAAGCUUUAUUCACGCAAUGGAGGACAGCUGUGAACUCGACCUCACCUACAUCACCGAGCGGAUCAUCUCCGUCACGUUCUCCCCAGGGACGGAUGAGGCCACUUUCUGCCGGAACCUUAAAGAGGUGGCACAUAUGCUGAAGUCCAAACAUGGAGACAAUUACCUGAUCUUCAAUCUGUCUGAGAAGAGACAUGAUAUCAACAAACUCCAUCCCAAGGUGUUGGAUUUCGGGUGGCCGGACCUCCAUGCCCCGGCGCUGGAGAAGGUGUGCAGUAUUUGUAAAGCCAUGGACACGUGGCUGAAUGCCGACCCCCACAAUGUUGUCGUCAUCCACAACAAGGGAAAUCGAGGGCGCACCGGAGUGGUUAUCGCGGCUUACAUGCACUACAGCAACAUAUCUGCCAGUGCAGAUCAGGCUCUGGACAGGUUUGCAAUGAGGCGUUUCUAUGAAGACAAGGUUCUUCCGGUCGCACAGCCGUCGCAGAAGCGGUAUAUACAUUAUUUCAGCGGCCUGUUGUCCGGCGGCAUCAAGAUGAAUAACAAGCCCUUGUUCCUCCACCACGUCAUCAUGCACGGUAUACCCAACUUCGAGUCCAAAGGAGGUUGUCGCCCAUUUCUGAAGAUCUAUCAAGCUAUGCAGCCCGUCUACACGUCUGGAAUAUACAACGUGCAGGGAGACAGCCAGACCAGCAUCUGUAUCACCAUAGAACCCGGGCUGCUACUGAAGGGCGACAUCCUGCUGAAGUGUUACCACAAGAAGUUCCGCAGCCCAGCACGAGAUAUAAUGUUCCGUGUGCAGUUUCACACGUGUGCUAUCCAUGAUCUUGGGAUCGUGUUCGGAAAGGAAGAUUUGGAUGAAGCCUUUAAAGAUGAGAGGUUCCCGGAAUACGGAAAAGUGGAAUUCAUUUUCUCAUAUGGUCCUGAGAAGAUACAAGGAAUGGAGCACUUGGAAAAUGGUCCUAGCGUCUCCGUCGACUACAACACCUCCGAUCCACUGAUCCGUUGGGAUUCUUAUGAUAACUUUAAUGCACAUCGAGAGGACAGUCUGGAAGAAGCUGGACACACCCAAGGUCCUUUAGAUGGAAGCUUGUAUGCCAAAGUUAAGAAAAAAGACUCAACAAACGGAAGCACGAGCACAGUAAAUGCCGGGGUCAUCCCUCUAUCUGCUGCCCCUAAUCACAUUGAACACACCUUGUCGGUAAGCAGCGACUCCGGCAAUUCAACUGCUUCAACAAAAACAGACAAAACCGAUGAGCAAGUGGCCAAUGCAGCCUCCAACCAAGGGUUGACACCUGAGGAAAAGAAAGAACUCGAACGACUUCUCAGCGGCUUUGGACUGGACACUGACGCACAGAUGCACAACUUAAACCCGGGAACUUCUGUAACCGGAGCUAUGUUGCAUGUUGUCCCAGCGCAGGUUCAUGUCAAUGGAGAUAGCCUGUCCCCUCCAGCUGAAAGGGAGACCGAUAUUUUGGAUGAUGACUUGCCCAACCAUGAUGGACAUAGUGUUGGAAGCUUGGGUACACUGUCAUCCUUUGACGGUACCCCCAAUGUAAGUGAGACUGGCUUUCAGGAUUCUUCUCCUAUAAGCAUGUUAUUAACCAAUGGGCCAACAACCCUUAAUGGCCUUGAGAAGCUACAAAAGCAUGGCUAUCUUGGCAAGGAAACGAUGAUCAAUGGUGCGUAUCCAUACAACAACCAGAACAUCACGAAAAACACAACCAUGCCACUGUCUCAAGAUGUUGGCAGUCAAAUGAGGCCAUCUGUAUCUGCCCAAGACAGUCUGUCUUCCUACCAAGUCAGCCAGCCAGCAAUGUCCAAUUGGGCACAACCUCAUUCUGCAAUGACACAAAAGCACUUAUAUUAUUAUGACCCUAAUGGGAUGUACCGGUCUCAGUCCUUCCCAGCUGCAGAACCGGCAAACUACGAACCCAGUUCACAGUUGCCGCAAGCACCAGCCCGAAGUGGAAGCAGUAGGGAGGCUGUCCAGAGGGGUCUUUACUCUUGGCAACAGAGUGGAAGUCGUCCACCGUCCCGUCAGCAGGAUGCUGUGAUCGAGAAUCAAUAUAGCAGCCCAAGUCUGCAACCAAGCACUUUUCAGACUGUUUCUCAAAGCCACAGUAUCCCUGAAUUCCCCAAAAUGGCCUCACAGAACGAGAUUGAGCAGUCAAUUGAAGCCCUUAAUAUGCUAAUGUUGGACCUUGAUCCCUCGUUUUCACAGAUGCACAAGUCACAGAGUGUCCCUGUUGCUCCAAAAGAGGACAGAAUCAUGCCAGUUUCAGGGUCACACUCUGCCCAACCCACUCUGUCAUCCUAUAGCUACCAGCCCUCUCCUCAGGUGGCACCUGAAAGGCCAAGCAAUUCUUAUGCUGUCACAUCAUCUGGCACCCUUCCUGCUGCCUCAUUUAGCCAGCCCCAUACGCCUAUUGAGCAAGGUCCAAGAGCAUAUUCAUCUGGAAUGCAUGAACCACCACGACCCAUGGAGAUGGCAAGACCUCUAAAUGAAUAUCGGGAGCCCUACUCUGGAUCUUAUUCUCCAUAUGGUUAUCAAACCCAACAACCUCCAUCAGCCUUGGUCAGAAGUUACAGCUAUGGGAUGCCCACUGCCACCUCCAAUAUCCCACCUUUAUCUGCUUUUAUGCAAAGCCCCCAGUCAUCUGCUUUAACUUCCCCUGUCCUUACUCCACUCAAUACCCAACCCCAGCAACCUGUCAGAGAAGCCCCAGACGAAGAGCAAUAUCAACUGGAAGGGCUUGUCGCACAAAGAGUUGCAGGAGUACAAACCCGGGACAAAACCCCCGAUGAGAUCGGCUCCUUAACACGCCGGAGGACCACCAGCGAAGGACAAUAUGAUGAGAUUUCCGGGGAACCCGGGUACAACCCGAGCAAAGUGCGCUCCCCUGUGCGCUGCGUCUCCCCCGAAGUCUUCAACACCAUCGCCGCCAAUCCAGGAGGGAGGCCGAAAGAGGCUCAUCUGCACAGCUACAAGGAGGCCUUCGAGGAAAUGGAAAUCCCGUCCCCUCUUAAUAGCCCCACCACAACAGUUGCGCGAUCUCCCCCGGGAUUGGCAAAGACACCUCUGUCAGCGCUUGGGCUAAAGCCGCACAAUCCAGCGGAUAUUCUGCUGCAUCAAUCUGGAGAGCCCCGGAGUUAUGUUGAGUCUGUUGCCCGUACAGCUGUAACUAGUAGUGUCGCUCCACCAUCCCCGACACCACCACAGACAUACAGCAUGGACACCAUGAGGAACGGAGGAUACCCCAACAACUUUACUUCCCCAAGCCCCAUUUCUACAAGCAGCCCGAUACACAGCAUUGAUGGGGUAUCUGUCAGAAGCUGUCCAUCAGCAGAAAGCAGCAUCCGUCUGCCCACUCCCACCCAGCCGUCUGUGGAUUCCAGUUUCAGAUCCAACAGCUUGUCUCAGGCAUCGCCACAAAGCAGUUAUCAGAACGCAUCACCCACACCCAACAUGGUGCCCCAUGCGGGCACUCCUGUCAACUUCUAUGAUGGGUACCAAUUCAGUCCAAAUAACAUCAUCACACACACAGAUGGUUUCUCGGGUCCUCCAGCAAGCUCACUGUCCAGCCAAGUUGUACAUGGAAGCCCCCAGCCACUUCACAGAACAGUGGGCACAAAUACACCUCCGAGCCCUGGGUUCGGAAGAAGAGUCAUCACUCCUACCAUGUCUAAUGCCCCCCCAAGCCCAAGCUUGAGCAGGCAUCCCCUGACAGCACACAGCGUGGGAACUGUGCCACCGGGUAGUCCAAGCCUUGUCCGUCACCAGGCUGUAAUGACGGGAAGUGCCCCGGUCACCCCAGGAAGCCCCAGUUUGGAGCGGCAUGUCAUUCAUGGGUUCUCCACCCCCGAAGAGCGGCGUGCAACGCUGUCCAGGCAGAGCAGUGCUUCUGGCUAUCAGGCCCCAUCCACCCCAAGUUUUCCAGUGUCGCCUGCAUACUACCAAGGCAUGAGCAGCCCCGCCUCCUCUUCUCCAGACUCCACCCUUUACCGCCAGGGAAGCCCUGUGCCGCAGCCCUCACUGCCUGAAAAACGGAGGAUGUCUUCUGGCGACAGGUCCAGCAGUUUGCCGAACUACUCCACCCUCAAUGGAAAGGCUUCUUCGCCCAUGUCCAGUGGCAUGCCCAGCCCUAGUGGCAGCACAAUGGCAUUCACCCAGACGUUGCCAGACUUCUCCAAAUUCUCUAUGCCAGACAGCAGCCCGGAAACCCGAGCGAAUGUCAAGUUUGUGCAGGACACGUCCAAGUAUUGGUACAAGCCGGACAUUUCCAGAGACCAGGCAAUUGCCUUACUAAAGGAGAAAGAUCCAGGUGCCUUCAUAAUUCGAGAUAGCCACUCGUUUAGAGGAGCCUACGGACUCGCCAUGAAGGUCGCCACACCGCCUCCCAGUACAGGCCAGCAGAGCAAGAAAGGAGAUGCCACCAAUGAGCUGGUGAGGCACUUCCUCAUAGAGACCAGCCCCCGAGGAGUGAAAUUAAAGGGGUGCCCAAAUGAACCUUAUUUUGGUUGUCUCUCAGCACUGGUGUAUCAGCACUCAAUCACACCCCUGGCACUUCCCUGCAAGUUGGUCAUACCCACCAGAGAUCCCUCUGAAGAGACCAGGGAAACCGCGACCCCAACCAACACCACCACGGACUUACUGAAACAAGGGGCAGCCUGCAACGUCUUAUUUGUCAACUCGAUCGAUAUGGAGUCACUGACGGGCCCACAGGCCAUCGCCAAGACCAUUGCAGAGACCUUGUCCGCUGACCCCCAGCCCACCGCAGCUAUUGUUCACUUUAAAGUCUCCUCUCAAGGCAUCACCCUGACUGACAAUCAGAGAAAGCUAUUCUUCCGGAGACACUAUCCUCUGAACACCAUCACAUUCUGUGACCUGGAUGCACAGGAAAGGAAGUGGAUGAAGUCGGAUGGAAGCCAAGCAAAGCUCUUCGGCUUCGUGGCUCGAAAACAAGGGAGCACGACGGACAACGUGUGCCACCUGUUCGCAGAGUUGGACCCCAACCAGCCGGCCACUGCCAUAGUCAACUUCGUCUCCCGGGUGGCCGGCUUACAGAAAAGAUGAACGCUCCAACGUGUCAUCUCCUCCUGUUCAUGAACCAGCCCGAAGUUUGCUAAACGGACUCUUGAAGAAGGUCGAGAGAGCAAGUGCAUUGUGGGAAAUCGCAAGUGAUUAUUAUAGGGGGGCCAUUUCUGCUCGAAAACAAUAAGCAACAACAACAACAACAAGCUACAAAAAACCACAAAAAAAAAGAGAAAAUAUUGAGGAAAAUUUUCCGAUAACCCCAUUUUCCUACCAAGUGGCAGAAUAGGACUUUGCCAGCGCAAACGGCGCAAUUUUUGGGUCACUUAUCAGCCUGCUCAUUAUUAUUAUUAUUAUUAUUACCAGUCUGCAAAUGCUAAAACGGCAUACUCCGCUAAGUGCAUAUAUAAACCUAUCUAGUGUACACAAAAUUUAUAAGGAAUUUUAGAAGAAUAUAUAAGGCUCUAUUUUGUAUAAAAUGCAUCGAGUGUACAAAGCUACCUAAUAUUUACUGUCUUUUUAAAAUAAAAUUUUUAAAA